GGCUCAAAUAUUGGUCUUAACCUACAAGAAAGAAGAUGUUCUGAAAGAGCUAGAGCAUCUACCGGCAGCUAAUUUCCAAAGCGCUUGUUCAGAACCAGGCCCUCCGGAUGGCGGGUUCCAGGCCUGGAUGACUGUUUUUGGGUGUUUCCUCAUGCAAUUUUGUACUUUUGGAUAUGUAUCAUCUUUUGGAGUUUACCAAGGUACCCAGCAGUCGCAUGAUAUUUCACAUCCAAAGUUGAUAAACGACCUCGGAAGACUAUUACACGCGAAUUUAUAUGACCAACCAACCACCAUCUGCAAUAUCAUGGAUUGGUGCAUUGACCUCGUUCCUCGCAGUAAAUGUCACAUUAAUCUCGGGUCCGCUGUACGAUCGAGGGUGGUUGUAAGUUGCUACAUCUCUAUGCAUCGUCGGCUAUCAAUUUCCCGCAAAAUUACUAAUAGUUAUCGACUGAUGAUCGUGGGGUCGCUGCUCCAAUCACUGUCCUUGUUCGCUUUGUCCUUCGCGAAGCCUGGUCAGUUUUACUUGGCGUUUAUGGUUCAAGGUGUCCUUUCUGGGUUUGGGAUGGGCCUAACGUACGGUCCUGGCGUCGCGGUCAUCUCUCAACACUUCUCCAGAAAACGCACGUUGGUGAUGUCUCUCGUCACAUCUGGCUCACCGCUCGGCUCCAUGAUCCAUCCGAUUAUGCUCAACCACCUUUUGAAUGGUACUGUUGGCUUUGCAGGAGGCGUUCGCGCCAGCGCGGGCUUUGUCAGUGCUCUGUUAUUGAUCGCCUGUUUAUGCAUGCGCACAAGAGGAUCGCCAGUACCGACUGUCGGUUAUGCUGUGGUGGCGCGAAAAUGCUCUCGCGAGGCUCUCUUCAUCCUGAUGACCGUUGGGUCAACACUAUUUCAGAUCGGAUUUUACUAUCCUAUAUUUUACUUGCAGCUGGACUCUACCAAACAUGGUAUCGACAAAAAUUUCUCGUUCUACUCCCUUGUGAUGAUGAAUGCAGCUUGUUUCAUCGGACGCUGCAUGACAGGAAUAAUUGCAGCGUAUAUUGGGGUAUUGAACUUUACGAUCGUAUCCAGUGUCGCUUGCAGUGCCAUCACAAUAUCCAUGAUAGCUCUGAGUGACGUAGCUAGCGUGGUUGUGUUAGGAGUUGCAUAUGGCUACUUUUCUGGAAUUUUCAUCGCGCUGAUAGUCCCAUUGGUGGCUGUAUUAACGCCCGACUUGUCAGAGCUAGGAGCGCGGAUGGGCAUAUGUUUUGCCUUCACUGGUAUGUAUCAUCUAGCUCUAUUCUCAGAACUCCUGACAGUGCGCGAAUGCUCAGGCUUUGGAGGAUUACUUGGUGGCCCACUGUCGGGCGCUUUGCUUGGUUCUCAAUAUACAUGGUGGAUAGCGUCGCUCUUCAGUGGGUUGAUCUCUCUCGUCGGAAGUUUGUUUUUUGUGGUGAUGCGCCUGAUGAUAUACCGCCGAGGAAUAAGCGGUAGCCCAUCCAUAGCUGGCGGGGACACGUGAACCAGUUAUUCCAUUUGAUUCUGUGAGGCUCAUGCUGGAUUGGAAAGAAGCGGAGACCUCUGGUCAUCGACUUUCAUUAGCACAAUCGUGUCAUUCCACUGUAUAUAUACGCUAUAUUUGCACUAUCUUCUCCUUAUUUGCUCCUACACGAGGUAUAUUUUUCC